AUGUCAAAAAUACCUCCUCCACCUAUAAGUGGUGGCACUGAUUGUACAGCUAUCUUACAAAUAUUUGGUGAGAACGACUCAACAAAACCUAUAAUUAUUAUAAAUCGAGAUCGAACAUUAUUAGGUCGCGGCGAGGAGGAAGAAUUUGAGCGAAAAGGUGCUGAUGUUGGCCCAAUAACAAAAAUUAUUGUUAGUAUUAAAGAUGGAAAAUCAGCAUGGUUUUUAAAAAAGGUGGAUGAGAAUACCACCGAUAUGCCUAAUUCUGACUAUGAAGACUAUACUUUUACCCUAAAUAAAUGGUUCAACCCGAUUCCAAGUCGACAUGGUGCUGUUAACAAAACGCAUGAAAUAUUUCCAGAUCAAGAAUCAGCCGGGGAAGUAACAGAUGAGCCAAAUAUUGAAGAUUUUGACUCGUGA